AUGAGUGGAUGUCGUCCUUUAGCGUAUCAAGUAGAUGAUGAAAAAGGAGAAAAUAAUAAAAAAAUUAAUGUACUUAAAAAGAAGUUUGGAGAUGACCACAAUGUUCAUGGUGUUAUUCCUUAUGUAUUGAAGAUGACGAAGAAGAAUAAAGGUAUUGGAGGAAAGAAAACUAAUUUACAACUAUCAGAAGAUAGUUUAUUAACAGAAACACUUUAUGUUCAUAUUGAUGGAGUGUUAAUAAGAAAUGAAGAAGUUUGUGGUUAUUUAAAGAGUAAAAAAAAGAAUAAAUAA